AGCUCUUCCUCCUGAGUAGCUAGCUUGGUGUGGGUUAGACAGUGUGUUACUUUUAAUCUAAUACUUGUUUGGAGAUUCCAUGAAUCUAGAGCGCUCAUGUGCUUUGAUAAAGGGGCAAGAGAUCAAGAUGAGAUACAAUAUAAUAGAAACUUCAAUUCCUCGGAAACAUGGACCUGCUAUUGCUGGUUAUGAGUCGGCUUUCUUGAAGCAUGUUGAUUUUGAUGUUGUCCGCUGUGCUGUGAUUGUAAGUCCUGGUUUCACAAAGGAUCAGUUUCAUCGUCACUUAUUGUUGGAGGCAGAAAGAAGACAGCCGAGACCUAUUAUCGAGAACAAGUCACGGAUAGUUCUUGUGCAUACAACAUCAGGAUACAAGUAUGGUUGCUAUCUUUUUUGCUUCUGGUGCUAAAGUUUUUAGAAUAGUAAAGGAGAUAGUCUGUGAUAGUAACUAACAGUGAGAUAGAAUGGUUCUAAAGAUAGUAGGUAUGAAGAUCAACUCAAGCUAGUCACUGUUUUAGUACUAUUGGAUAAAUUGGAAUGACUUGUUGAGCUGUUUAUGUGGAUAGAAUAGAUAGGUACUAGUUUGCUUUUGCAAUCCUUAUCUUGAAAAAUCUUUGAAAAUAUCCUUAGUCCCAAAUUCAUAUUCCAUCAUCUAAGAUAACAGAACAGUCUCUGAUCAAAUAACUCAAGCUGACUUAU